AGGAGGGGCGCACUGUUGGAGACGGCCCUCGCCUGCGCUCCCACGGCGAGCGUCUGCUUUCCAAUUCUUGGGCUCGGCUGUCCGGGGCUGGGCUAUCUUGGGUACCAGCAGCUGGUUGUGGCUGCCACCCGCUGAGCAACAGGAGACUAAAGGAAGGGAGAAGCAGCUGCAGAGAGAACGCCCGGGGAGAGAGACUGGAGCGAGGAAGGGUCCCUUAAGCUCUUGCCCUUUCCCGGGGCCAGAUUCUGCGGGUGCACUGGGUGGGCAUGACCGGCGGGCAAGGUUGCAAGCCUCUUAUGUAAGGAGCUGAAGGAGAAAUAAAAUAUACAGGAUGAAAAGAUGGCAAUGUUGCCUCCCCCAGGACCUCAGAGCUUUGUCUACUUUACAGAGCAGUCUCUUGCCCUCAUUGAACAACGUAUUGCUGAAAGAAAAACAAAGGAACCCAAAGAAGAAAAGAAAGAUGAUGAUGAAGAAGGCCCAAAGCCAAGCAGUGACUUGGAAGCUGGCAAACAGCUGCCCUUUAUCUAUGGGGACAUCCCUCCAGGCAUGGUGUCAGAGCCCCUGGAGGACCUGGACCCCUACUACACAGACAAAAAAAAUACUUUCAUAGUAUUGAACAAAGGGAAAGCCAUCUUCCGUUUCAAUGCCACACCUGCUUUGUACAUGCUGUCUCCUUUCAGUCCUCUAAGAAGAAUAUCUAUUAAGAUUUUAGUACACUCCUUAUUCGGCAUGCUUAUCAUGUGCACUAUUCUGACAAACUGCAUAUUUAUGACCAUGAAUAACCCUCCAGAUUGGACCAAGAAUGUAGAGUACACUUUUACUGGAAUAUAUACUUUUGAAUCCCUUAUAAAAAUUCUGGCAAGAGGCUUCUGUGUAGGAGAAUUCACUUUCCUUCGUGACCCAUGGAACUGGCUUGAUUUUAUCGUCAUUGUUUUUGCGUAUUUAACAGAAUUUGUAAACCUAGGCAAUGUUUCAGCUCUUCGAACUUUCAGAGUCUUGAGAGCUUUGAAAACUAUUUCUGUAAUUCCAGGCCUGAAGACCAUUGUGGGAGCCCUGAUUCAGUCUGUGAAGAAACUCUCAGAUGUCAUGAUCCUGACUGUGUUCUGUCUGAGCGUGUUUGCGUUAAUUGGGCUGCAGCUCUUCAUGGGCAACCUGAAGCACAAAUGUCUGCGAACUACACUUGAAAAUAAUAAAACACUGAACAUAUCAGAUACCCUUGAAGAAGACGACUAUAGAAAAUAUUUUUAUUACUUGGAGGGAUCUAAAGAUGCUCUCCUUUGUGGUUUCAGCACAGACUCAGGUCAGUGUCCAGAAGGGUACACAUGUGUGAAAGUAGGCAGAAACCCCGACUAUGGCUACACAAGCUUUGACACUUUCAGUUGGGCCUUCUUAGCCUUGUUUCGGCUAAUGACCCAGGAUUACUGGGAAAAUCUUUACCAACAGACCCUACGUGCUGCUGGGAAAACCUACAUGAUCUUCUUUGUGGUGGUGAUUUUCCUGGGAUCCUUUUAUCUAAUAAACUUGAUUCUGGCUGUGGUUGCCAUGGCCUAUGAAGAACAGAACCAGGCAAACAUUGAAGAAGCUAGGCAGAAAGAGUUAGAAUUUCAACAGAUGCUAGAUCGACUUAAAAAAGAACAAGAAGAAGCUGAGGCAAUAGCGAUGGCAGCAGCUGAAUAUACGAGUAUCGGGAGAAGCCGAAUUAUGGGCCUCUCUGAGAGUUCUUCUGAAACAUCCAAACUGAGCUCUAAAAGUGCUAAAGAAAGAAGAAACAGAAGAAAGAAAAAGAACCAAAAGAAGCUCUCCAGUGGAGAAGAAAAGGGAGAUGACGAGAAAUUGUCCAAAUCGGAAUCGGAGGAGAGUAUCAGGAGAAAAAGUUUCCACCUUGGUGUUGAAGGUCACAGGCGAGCACGUGAAAAAAGAUUGUCUACCCCUAAUCAGUCACCACUUAGCAUUCGUGGCUCCUUGUUUCCUCAAAGGCGCAGCAGCAGAGCAAGUCUUUUUAGUUUCAAAGGUCGGGGAAGAGAUCUUGGAUCUGAGACUGAAUUUGCUGACGAUGAGCACAGCAUUUUUGGAGACAAUGAGAGCAGAAGGGGCUCGUUGUUCUUGCCCUACAGACCUCGAGAGCGGCGCAGCAGUAACAUCAGUCAGGCCAGUAGGUCCCCCCCAAUACUGCCGGUGAACGGGAAGAUGCACAGUGCCGUGGACUGCAAUGGCGUGGUCUCCCUGGUUGAUGGACCCUCAGCCCUCAUGCUCCCCAAUGGACAGCUUCUACCAGAGGUGAUAAUAGAUAAGGCAACUUCUGAUGACAGCGGUACAACCAAUCAAAUACAUAAGAAAAGACGUUCUAGUUCUUAUCUCCUUUCUGAAGAUAUGUUGAAUGAUCCCAAUCUCAGACAAAGAGCAAUGAGUAGAGCAAGCAUAUUGACAAACACUGUAGAAGAACUUGAAGAGUCCAGACAAAAAUGUCCACCUUGGUGGUACAGAUUUGCACAUACAUUCCUGAUCUGGAAUUGCUCCCCAUAUUGGAUAAAAUUUAAAAAGCUUAUUGAUUUUAUUGUGAUGGAUCCUUUUGUAGAUCUUGCUAUUACCAUUUGCAUAGUUUUAAACACAUUAUUUAUGGCUAUGGAGCAUCACCCAAUGACUGAAGAAUUCAAGAGCGUGCUCGUCGUGGGAAAUUUGGUCUUUACUGGGAUCUUUGCAGCUGAAAUGGUUUUAAAACUAAUUGCCAUGGAUCCAUAUGAAUAUUUCCAAGUAGGAUGGAAUAUUUUUGACAGCCUUAUUGUGACUUUAAGUUUAGUGGAGCUUUUUCUAUCAGAUGUAGAUGGAUUGUCAGUUCUGCGAUCAUUCAGAUUGCUCCGAGUUUUCAAAUUGGCAAAAUCUUGGCCAACACUGAAUAUGCUGAUAAAAAUCAUUGGUAACUCAGUGGGGGCUCUGGGGAACCUCACCUUAGUGUUGGCCAUCAUCGUCUUCAUUUUUGCUGUGGUCGGCAUGCAGCUCUUUGGUAAGAGCUACAAAGAAUGUGUCUGCAGGAUCUCCGAUGAUUGUGAACUCCCACGCUGGCACAUGAAUGAUUUCUUUCACUCCUUCCUGAUUGUGUUCCGUGUGCUGUGUGGAGAGUGGAUAGAGACCAUGUGGGACUGUAUGGAGGUCGCUGGUCAAGCCAUGUGCCUUAUUGUUUACAUGAUGGUUAUGGUGAUUGGAAAUCUGGUGGUCCUCAAUCUAUUUCUGGCUUUAUUACUGAGUUCAUUUAGUUCAGACAAUCUUACAGCAAUUGAAGAAGAUACCGAUGCAAACAACCUCCAGAUUGCAGUGGCCAGAAUUAAGAAGGGAAUAAAUUAUGUGAAACAAACCUUACGUGAAUUUAUUCUAAAAGCAUUUUCUAAAAAGCCAAAGAUUUCCAAAGAGAUAAGACGAGCAGAAGAUCUAAUUAGUAAGGAACAAAACUAUAUCUCUAAUCGUACACUUGCUGAAAUGAGCAAAGAUCACAAUUUCCACAAGGAAAAAGAUAAAACCAUUGGUUUUGGAAGAAACAUGGAGAAAUACUUGAUGGAAGAAAGUGAUUGUCAGUCAUUUAUUCAUAAUCCCAGCCUCACAGUGACAGUGCCAAUUGCACCUGGGGAAUCUGAUUUGGAAAAUAUGAAUACUGAAGAACUUAGCAGUGAUUCAGAUAGUGAAUACAGCAAAGGGAGACUGAACCAGUUGAGUUCCUCUGAGUGCAGCACAGUUGAUAACCCUCUGCCAGGAGAAGAAGAAGCAGAGGCUGAACCUAUAAAUUCAGAUGAGCCAGAAGCCUGUUUUACAGAUGGUUGUGUACGGAGGUUUCCAUGCUGCCAAGUUAACAUAGAGUCAGAGAAAGGAAAAAUCUGGUGGAACAUCAGGAAAACGUGCUACAGGAUAGUCGAACACAGUUGGUUUGAAAGCUUUAUUGUUCUCAUGAUCUUGCUCAGCAGUGGUGCUCUGGCUUUUGAAGAUAUAGAUAUUGAAAAGAAAAAGACCAUUAAGAUUAUCCUGGAGUAUGCUGACAAGAUAUUCACUUACAUCUUCAUCCUGGAAAUGCUUCUAAAAUGGGUAGCAUAUGGUUAUAAAACGUAUUUCACCAAUGCCUGGUGUUGGCUGGAUUUCUUAAUUGUUGAUGUUUCUUUGGUUACUUUAGUUGCAAACACUCUGGGCUACUCGGACCUUGGCCCCAUCAGAUCCCUCCGGACACUUAGGGCUUUGAGACCUCUAAGAGCUUUAUCCAGAUUUGAAGGAAUGAGGGUGGUCGUGAAUGCACUCAUAGGUGCAAUUCCUUCCAUCAUGAAUGUGCUACUUGUGUGUCUUAUAUUCUGGCUAAUAUUUAGCAUCAUGGGAGUAAAUUUGUUUGCCGGCAAGUUCUAUGAGUGCAUUAACACCACAGAUGGGUCACGAUUUUCUACAACUCAAGUUCACAAUCGUUCCGAGUGUUUUGCACUGAUGAAUGUUAGUCGGGAAGUGCGAUGGAAAAACCUGAAGGUGAACUUUGAUAAUGUUGGACUUGGUUACCUGUCUUUGCUUCAAGUUGCAACAUUUAAGGGAUGGAUGGAUAUUAUGUAUGCAGCUGUUGAUUCUGUUAAUGUAGACAAGCAACCUAUAUAUGAAUACAGCCUCUAUAUGUAUAUUUAUUUUGUCAUCUUUAUCAUCUUUGGGUCAUUCUUCACUUUGAACUUGUUCAUUGGUGUCAUCAUAGAUAAUUUUAACCAACAGAAAAAAAAGCUUGGAGGUCAAGACAUCUUUAUGACAGAAGAACAGAAGAAAUACUAUAAUGCAAUGAAAAAGCUGGGAUCUAAGAAACCCCAAAAGCCAAUACCUCGACCAGGGAACAAAUUCCAAGGAUGUAUAUUUGACCUAGUAACAAACCAAGCUUUUGAUAUCACCAUUAUGGUUCUUAUCUGCCUCAACAUGGUAACCAUGAUGGUAGAAAAAGAAGGACAAAGUGCAUACAUGACUAAUGUCUUAUAUUGGAUAAAUGUGGUUUUCAUUAUCCUUUUCACUGGAGAAUGUGUGCUGAAACUGAUCUCCCUCAGACACUACUACUUCACUGUAGGAUGGAACAUUUUUGAUUUUGUGGUUGUGAUUCUCUCCAUUGUAGGUAUGUUUCUGGCUGAGCUGAUAGAAAAAUACUUUGUGUCCCCUACCUUGUUCCGUGUGAUCCGUCUUGCCAGGAUUGGCCGAAUCCUACGUCUAAUUAAAGGGGCAAAGGGGAUUCGCACGCUGCUCUUUGCCCUGAUGAUGUCCCUUCCCGCGUUGUUUAACAUCGGCCUCCUAUUGUUCUUGGUCAUGUUCAUCUACGCCAUCUUUGGAAUGUCCAAUUUUGCCUAUGUUAAAAAAGAAGCUGGAAUUAAUGACAUGUUCAACUUUGAAACUUUUGGCAACAGCAUGAUCUGUCUGUUCCAGAUUACCACCUCUGCUGGCUGGGAUGGAUUGCUAGCACCUAUUCUCAAUAGUGGACCUCCAGACUGUGAUCCCAACAAAGUUCAUCCAGGGAGUUCAGUUGAAGGAGAUUGUGGUAGCCCAUCUGUUGGGAUUUUCUAUUUUGUCAGUUACAUCAUCAUAUCAUUUCUGGUUGUGGUGAACAUGUACAUUGCUGUCAUCCUGGAGAACUUCAGUGUUGCCACUGAAGAAAGUACUGAACCUCUUAGUGAAGAUGACUUCGAGAUGUUCUAUGAGGUUUGGGAGAAGUUUGAUCCUGAUGCCACCCAGUUUAUAGAAUAUAGCAAACUCUCUGAUUUUGCAGCUGCCCUGGACCCUCCUCUUCUCAUAGCAAAACCAAACAAAGUCCAGCUCAUCGCCAUGGAUCUGCCCAUGGUCAGUGGGGACCGGAUCCACUGCCUCGACAUCUUAUUUGCUUUUACAAAGCGUGUUUUGGGUGAAAGUGGAGAGAUGGACUCUCUUCGUUCACAGAUGGAAGAAAGGUUUAUGUCAGCCAAUCCUUCUAAAGUGUCCUAUGAACCCAUCACAACUACACUGAAACGAAAACAGGAGGAUGUGUCUGCUAUUAUCAUUCAGCGUGCUUAUAGACGUUACCGCUUACGGCAAAAUGUCAAAAAUAUAUCAAGUAUAUACAUAAAAGAUGGAGAGAGAGAUGAUGAUUUGCCCAAUAAAGAAGAUAUGGUUUUUGGUAAUGAUAACGAGAACUCAAGUCCAGAAAAAACAGAUGCAACUCCAUCCACCAAUUUUCCACCUUCAUACGAUAGUGUAACAAAACCAGACAAAGAGAAAUAUGAAGAAGACAAAACAGAAAAGGAAGACGAAGGAAAAGAUGGCAAGGAAAGCAAAAAAUAGAGCUUCAUAUUUGAUACACUGUUUACAGCCUGUGAAGGUGAUAUAUUUGUGUUAAUAAGACUCUUCAAAGAAGGUCUAUGCCAAAACUUUUUAUCAAAAUAUUCUCGAAGUCAGUGCACUCAUUAGCUCUGAUUCCCUAAGAUAGGUGGGCAGCAUUA